AUGAAUUUUCGUAAAAGCGGUGGCGGAUGGCAGAGUUUGGGUGGGGUGGAGGGAGAUGAGGAGGGCGGCGCCUUUGGCGUGUUUCGUGGAACUCAGCGUAUCUUUAGCGCAAUUGUUCCUAGGAAUCGCAGAGAAAAGCAGGCAUUACACGCAGUAGGAUUCAAGACAGUUUGCAUUUCAGUAGCCAGAAUGUGUGACGACGAGGUUGCAGCUCUUGUGGUUGACAAUGGAUCCGGAAUGUGCAAGGCCGGAUUC